AUGACUAGUUGUAGUCUCAAGUGUAGUAUGUUACCUUGUGUACACAUACGGAACACGAAAAAUGAAAUAAAUUUGGAAGACCCAAAGGAAGAAGGCACAAUACAACGUUACAAAGAUGAAAUGAACAUCAAUGCGGAAGAAACGGUGCAUGUUAAAAGUGCAAUCAAUAAUAAUAACUUGUAUUGUAAGUCGUCCUACGAUUUAAAUACAAACGUUGAAAUUUGCGGCAGCGGUGACGUGAAAAUGAGUAGCAGGGACCCUGCGGCGUAUGAGCAGCUCUUGGCAAACGAGAGCGCAAAUGCGCAUGUGAAUGCCACCGGGAGCGGCGGGGUGGUCGCCAACUUUAGUGAAAAUGACAAUAGGACCACGUAUGUCUACAACAACGCCGACCUCAGCGGCCCUGUGAACAGCGGCACUCCUCCCAUGCGCGCCAUUGACAGGAUGAAUAGGAGCGCGAAAGUUAACGUGAAUAACUGCACACAAAUAAAGGAUUUCAAACCCGAGGAGAUGAAGGCGUCCUUCGAGCAAGACCGAAAGGACAUUCUACUGAACACCUACAAUUACUACUUCUGGAAUAGCUAUGGGGACAUAAACCAGAGCGAUCACAAGAGUCAAGGCGACAUGGGCGUGUACUACUACAAGCGGGUGUCCAUGAAUUUUAUGAAUUACGAUUACGACGCGGAGUAUAAGCACUACGAUGAUGAUGACAACAACAAUAGCAGUAGAAAUGGAAACGACAUCAGUAACAGGAGCGACAGCAGUAACGGGAAUGGCAGCAGUAACGGGAAUGACAGCAGUAACGGGAAUGACAGCAGUAACGGGAAUGAUAGCAGUAACGGGAAUGAUAGCAGCAACGGUAACGGUAACGGUAACGGAAACGGUUGCCGCUCGCCCGAAAAGUCCUGCGAAGUAAAACUCAAGGAUUGUAACACGAAUAACCUUUUUUUUAGAACCAAUUCGUACGACAAUGUAUUUUUGAAGAAGAUAAAGAUCACGAGUGUCGACAAUAAGUGCACCAGAAAAAGCAUAAAAAAGUACAGAAUUCCCUUUGAGCCGAAUUUUUACAGCAGCCGCUUCUUCUUCUCCGAAAAGGACAUAAAUGAAGAUCUGCAUCCGCUGAGUGAUAAUUUCACAAAGUAUUGCAGUUCCCUGUCCGUCAAUUAUAACACCGUCAACAGUAAUGGUAGUAGUGACCACGCCGCUGUAAAUAACGUUAGCAGUGGCAUUAGCCAUGGCAAUCAUGCCAGUGAUUUUAGGAAUCCAGGGAGGCGCAACAACCCCAGUGGUAACAAAGAUGGAUGCAGGAGUAACAGCACGAAUACACCGUGCAGAGGUCUUCCUCGGUACUCCUACAUUCUGCGGUUCGAGGGCCCCCCCCCACAUUUCCUCAUUUUGAAGUACAACAAAGUUACGAAGAAAGCUAACAUAGUAAAAAAGGUGCCAGUGAAUAAGAACAUCUCGUUCAACCUUGCGAAAUUUAUUGCGGAAAAGUACCUCCAGAUUUUGAGAAAGACCUUGAAGAAGAAGGAGAAGAAAUUGGAGAAGAUGAGGAGCGCGGGAGGCGAAGCGGAGAAUGAUGAAGCAGACGAGGAUGUAGUUUGUAAUGGGGAAGACGCCAAUAUCAACAAGGGAAGCAACUGCGGAGACUGUUGCGAAUGCUCGAACGGCAGCCAGCACGAGAGCAACGACGCCUAUGACUCCAAGAAGAAUAUGGACUACAACAACAGCACCAAUUGUGAGAGCUACCAGGGAAACUUUUUCAACUUCGGCACGGAGAAUUAUAAUGACAAUGACGUAAACAAUAACAGCAGCGGCGCGUGCAGCAGUCGGCUCCGUGACGACGACAACGGGGACGAGCUGAAUAAUAAACCCAAUAAUGAGCCAAAUGAUAAACCCAAUAAUGAGCCAAAUGAUAAACCAAAUAAUGAGCCCAAUAAUGAGCCGAAUGAUAAACACAAUAAUGAGCCCAAUAAUGAGCCAAAUGAUAAACCAAAUAAUGACCCCAAUAAUGAGCCGAAUGAUAAGCCAAAUACUGAGCCAAAUAAUGAUCCAAAUAAUGAGAACCAAGACAGCGACAACAGCCUCUGCAGUCGCAGCGGGGGCGAGAGCAGCGCGAAGAACAAGUUCGGCACGAGGAGUCAAAACAGCUCAGACUGCUCCGCCAGAAGAAGCAAUGGGCGGUUUAGUGACGAACGACGAAUGGCUGAAAACGCCCGCAGAGGUGAACAGCCCCUCUACAGUGAACUUCCAAUUAGUCAGAAUUACGAAAACGACAGUAACGAUUUGGAAAAUAUAGACGUAAAUUCGCUAAGUUACGAAAGUUACAGCUCGGAGAAUUUAUACGAUGACAAGCUCUGCACCUAUGAGUAUCUCAACAUAGACUUGGACAAUGUCGUUUUUAACACGGACACGGAGAAGUACAUCAAAUUUUUAAGCAACAUAAAGAUAUACUACCUGCAUAAGAUGGACGACAUGAGAAAGAUCCUUCCCAGAUGUGACGACUCGACGGGAAAUAAGCUGGUCUUUUUGGUAAAAAUAAAGUAUGAUAGGUGCAUAAAGUCGAAGAUCUUCAUUUUUGAGAACGUGCAGGAUAUGAUGCAUGAGUACGAGUACAUGGAUGGCGAUGCGCUUGACAGUAUGGAGCAGGGCGACGGGGAAAACACGAUGCAGUUUAUGCUGAGGAGAAGUUCCAGCAGCGGCAGCAGUAGUAAUAGCGGCGGCUGUGGGGGAAGUACCCAUUACGGGGGAAAUAAUGUGAAGAGCGAAAGCGGCAGCACCGGGCCGAAUGCGAAUAGUAACAGCGAAUCGGCGAACAGCGAUUCUUUGGCGAAGAUGCCAACGGCGAGAGCAUGCAGUGUGAGGAUGGAUGAGAAUGGCGAAGUAAAUCCGAAGAACGAGGCGAAGGAGGAGGGGGAAAGCGAAGGCCCCAAGAAGGAAGGCGGCACCUACGCAAGCUGCAACAAGGAGGAGAGCCAGCCUGCGAUGUGCAAAUUGGAGCACACCGGGGACUACCUGUUAAGCUCCGAUUACGCGACACAGGAGACACCAGUGAAGCAGGAGUUGUUGGAAGAGGAGGGGAAUAACCUUGGCGGCGGAAGGAGCAGUAACGGUGACGCUGGCAAAACGACGAAGCCCAAGAUACCGGAGGAGAUGGAGAAGAAGUGCAGCGCGCUAGCAAUCAUCCCCACCGACAGGGAGGCAACCCCUCAAAUGAACGAAGGGAAGGCAAAAAAAAUGACCAUCAGCUAUAGGAGAAAAAUUAUCCAGUUUAUACGAAACAACGUAUACAUAAAUUCAUACCUAUACGACUGCUUUGAAAAUAUAUACAUGAAUAAGAAAUUCUUCAGGAACGACGUAAUUAUAGUGAACCACUUGUCUGAAGAGGAUCAAAUGAUGGAUGACAUCCCGGACUAUAUAUACGAAUUGAACAAAUUUGUAUUUAUUAAGUUUACCAAAUUUGAUCAGUACGUUAAGAAGAAUCACAAAAUUGCCGAAGGGUACAUACAAUACCUGCUGCAGAGUAACAUAAAGUGCAUUAAUAGGUAUAUGAUUGGCAUAAGGUGGGUUCCGGACAUUUUUGCGUAUGAAUAUUAUGUGUGCAAAAUUAUGGAUGGAGAGGCAAAAUGUGAUGAAUGGAAAAAGCAGGAGAAGUAUAAUUACUCCCUUACGUUAGAGAAAGACUCGAAUGAGAAAACGUUGAAGUAUCUGGUGGACUACGAGAAUAAGGUUAUUGACAAUGUGUUGUGUGUUUUGCACGAAUAUUAUCAGGCAAGUUUAUUUACCGAGAAGUGUAUCUUCAAUUUGUUUAAGUUGGUUCUUCUGAGGGUCAGUCUCUACAUUGGCGUCUUGAACACGAAGGUCAUUACGCUGGAUCUGGACAAGGCCAUGUAUCGAAUGAAGAAGUUUUCCGAGCCCAUAAGUUUGUGUGACAACUUCGGGGCUUCCGAGAAUGAGGGCACACCGAAGGGGCUGGAGAAGUAUCUCGCUGGGACUGUCAGCGGUGCGGUGGAGUGCAGGACGGACGAGCAGCAUAUGAAGCAGCAAAUCCAGCAGAAGAACGAGGACGCGUGGAACAGCAGCCCCUCCCCCCUGCACGUGGGCGCCUCGCGCGGCGGGUACAGCCAUGUGUACAACGGGGUGGGCGGAGAUUUGGGUGGCAAAUUCGGAGGCAACUUCGGCGACGAAACGAACACGAACUGUCACGUCACCCUCCUGGGCCCCAACGACCAUCCACAAGAGGAAGCAGAGGCGAAGGCAAAGCACUCAUCUGACAGCGACCCCAGCAAUCUCCUGCAGGUAUACCACCCAUACAACGAUUUGUUCCUCAGGAAGGAGAAGUACGAAAAUGAGGCAUACUUGCAAAACAAAUUAAGGAAUAAAAAGAAGGUUAGUUAUAACUUGGAUAAUACCUCCCUAUCGUUGAGAAGUCGACAGAAAAAAAAAAACUUUGCCAUGUCGAAAGGCGGAGUUAGAGUCACAAUCCGUGGUGCCGCUGCUAACAGCAACGAAGUCGGGGGAAGUGUAACGGCGGGGGAACCCUUCAGCAUAAAAUACUACAGCUCAUCGGCGGAUAACAACAAGGUAGGGAAUUUAAAUAAUCACAAAAAGGAGUACUACUCGAAUGCCAGCGAUUUUAGCGGGACAUCCCAUUUGACGGGGAAGCGUAAGUAUCACCUCCGCAGCAACAAUGCGCAGUCGACGGAUAACAACUCUUCCGAGGAGUACGCCUCUAGGAUAAAGCUGAGGAGAAGGAACAAGGGGAGGAGUAGGAUGCUCUACAAAUUGAUGAACAAAAAGGGGUUAAUAGAACCAUAUUGGUGGUUUUUCUACAAUUUAUAUGAAAACACCACAAUACAGGAUAGUGGCAGCAGCUGCAGCAGCACGAAGAAGAGGAAGAAGAAGGGUAGGAAGAUGAGGUCGUUGAAGUUGAGAGGCACCAGGAAGAAUGGUGGCACGGCUGGUAGUAUGGGUGGCGACAUUUCCGGAGGUGACGGCGCCGGUUACACCUUGAGGAGGGGCAAGCACAAGAUGAGCAAGCUGUUCAGAAAUUACAAGGGAAGCAAAAAGCCCCGCAGGUCGCGCCAAAACAGUGAGAACGGGAACGAGAACGACGGCGACAACAUCAACGACGACGAGAAGUACAUUUACAGCAAAUUGCUAGAGAAAACGUACAAGAGCAAUUUAAUGAACCUUUUCUGCCAGAAGAAGAAUAAGAUCAAGAUCAAGUACAUUUCAAUGGUACACGACAUCAUUUACAAAAAGUUUAUUCUUCUGAGUAAUACAAUUUUCCCGAGAAAUCUACACGAGUCGGAAAUAUUGUACACUCUGUUCCCGCACGAGCCACACACCUUCAUGUUCUUAUACAUGGACGAUAACUUCCAGUAUCAGAAUGAGACCUUUUUGAAGUACGUAACGUUUAGUGACUACUUGAUGAAUAUGAACCAUUUGGGGGAUGGUAAGAAGGGCGCGAUGUUGACGCAGGGCGGGGUGGCGAAUAACCAUGCGCUAGGUGUCACUGGUGGAGUCAGUGGUCUAGUCACUGGUCCAGUCAGUGGUGGUCUGUUUGCUUCUCCUCUUGGGGAUGCUAUUCCAAGCCAUCUGUACGAAGGUGGGCUCCUAUCCCUAGCUGCGUGCAAUAAUGAGCUACAAAAUGGGAACUUAAAUAUGAACGUCCAUGUGGGGAACAGCCGAGGAAUCGAUAAAGAUUUUUACGUGGACCAUUUGAUUAUAGGCGGAGCGGAGAGCCUGGUGGAUUCGUCCGCGAAUGUGUUGUUGACAAAUGGGAACUUAAAAUAUUCGAGCAUCCCGAAUUACGACAGAGUGAAAAGUAACCGACGGAAUGCGUACUUGGGGCUGAGUGAAAUUGAAGGAGGACAGUCGGAGGCCCUUGGGUACAGCGCGCUAUUGAACAUCGGUGGGGGUGUGGAGGACGGCCUGAACAAUCUAGAACACCUGGGUUUUGGUAGUUACGACGUGAAUUACGCAUUCGGCGGGAAUGGCGAUCCUUACCGUCUGGGGAAUGAGCUUAUCGGUGGUGGCGGCGCGAAUGCAUACCUGGACGCGCCCUCCAGCACGAGACACAAAGUGUUCGGCUUUGAAAGGAGCAGAAGGGAAAUCAAGCCAAACGAGUACUACGACUACUUCAUGGGAGACAAAAAUUUGCUGUCCGGGAAGGACAAGUUUCACAACAUUGGUGAGAAGAGAAGCGUCUCGAAUACCACCUUCGGAAGGGGAAGUAAAUAUUACGAUCAUUACGGACACCAGGAGGAUAAAAAGAACACGAGUGACAAUGACAUCUCGCUCAUUAAGAAGAGGAAGCAUGGAAAUAAGAGAGCCAAGAGUAAUAACCUGUCCAGUGUGAAAAAUUUUAGCAAUCUGUGUAGCAGCAAUAAGAGCGACAUGAAUAACAGUGCUGCCCUGGGCAACAAUGCUAUGGGUGGCAACGUCCACGAUGAUUCAUUGAUCCCUAUGGGUCCCCUCCCAACAGGGGUAUACUUCGACUCUGCGCGAAAGCUCUGGAGAUGCCAGUGGAAGGAAAAUGGGAAGUUUAAGACGAAAGGGUUUAGCUUGAUUCAUUACAACACCCUGGAGGAGGCGAGAAAGCAGUGCAUUCUGUACCGAUGUGACGUCGGAAACAUACCUGUCAAGAGCGAAUGGUUGAAUCCUGAGUACGUCAGUUCCUCCUACUUUUACAACAAGAAAUAUGCUAGCAGUGCGAAUAACACCAAUAACAACGCAACGAAUUAUGGAACCCCGCAUAAGGAGUUAAAAACGAGUUCUUUGAAUCUGAAUCGAUUGAAGGAGAAAACGAAUGGCGUGGAGAGAAAUGGUAAAGGGUUCAUGGACGGAUCAAGCAAAGACUCCAGUGACAACUACUACGGCGGGGUUGCCGGUGUUGGUAGCGGUCGCGGCAGUGGAGUGGGAAGUUCGAAUGUUAAUAGAUAUUCCACCAGGAACAAUACGGCCUCCAGCACUUUCAACUUCCUGAAUAAUAACAAGGCCAACGAGAUUGACAUUUCGAUUCUGCAAGAAUUCGUGACGAAGAAUAAAGAAAAUCAGAACAUCCAUGACAAGGGCGACUGGGAGAAUAACAACCCAGGUAUGGAGGACAUGGUAGGAAAUAAUGAGAACUUUCUCUUUGUAAAUGGGAAGGUGGACAGCAGUUCGAUGAAGCAGAUAGAGGAGGGAAACUCACAGGAACAGUCAGAGGAACAAACACAGGAGGAUUCACAGGAACACUCACAGGAAUACUCACAGGAUGACCCAUACCCGCAGCCGCUGCUUGACGGUGGCGAAGAAAGUGGAGAGACCCUCGCCGCGAGGAGAAGCAAACGCAUGAAGAGUAGCCCUAACCAGGACAGGAGUUAUAAGAUGGAACUUAAUGGCGAAUUGAAGGACUACUACCUAGGGGGUGGUGCCCAGGCCCAUAUCCCCACUUUAGAGAACGUGAAUAAUUUGGAGAACCUUGGAGGUGUGUUCAAUAAGAGAAUUCUGAAAGAGAUCCAGAGCGCGAACGAGGAAGAGCGUAACAGGGGCGGCUACGACUUAAUGGUGGGUGGAGGUAGUACAGGGGUAAACCACAGCCCAGGAAAGAACAAUAGUAAUGGCGACUGUGACGCGGUAUCGAGAAACUUACAGGCGAUCCUGAAUAUGCUGCAUAACAAGGACGGAAAGGAGGACGACCCAUUUAGGGCCACCUUGAACGGAGUGAAGACAGAGAAUGGGCUGUCCCCAGGCAAGCUGGGCUUGGACAUGGGUCCUAGAAGCAAGGGAAACGCGGGCGAAGGCGCAGACCCAUACAGCACGUUAGACGGCGUUAAGAAUGAGCUGCUCCUGAUGCUGCAGCAGCAGAAGGACAAUGUAAAUAAUUUUCCCCACCUCAAUGGCAUUCAAAAGAAGGGGAAGAAGAUGAAGUUCGAUAAGAAGGAGUUCCAUUCGGUUAUGAGAAAGGGUGUAAACGGAGAGAAACGAAAAAAGAUACCCAUGUUGGACGUGGCGAAUAUGCUGGAUGACAUUGGAAGAAAGGGAAGCGAAGGGACCAUUUUGGAUGACCCCCAGGAUGGCAGCAAUUUGUUACUAAACGGUGGCAACAUUGGCGACAGCCUCUCCGCGUUUGUCAAGUAUGCCAGCGGGAAUAAUGAGUUCGCGGUGGGAGGAAUGGACGGAAUGGACGAUAUAAGAUCAAUCGGAGGAAUCAGUGCAACCGCGGCAAACGGAGCGGGGGUAGGAGUCGGACUCGGACACGGCACGUUGUCCAUGAAUAAGAACUAUGCCGAAAACGGAGGGCCCCAAAGUGGUGGUGCCAUCACGAAUGGCAUAUCGAAGAUGAAGAAGGGGAAGAACGGAGUUGGCGACAGGGGAGGAGAGUCCCCGCUCAGUAACAAUUUCCCCAAUAUAUUUUUUCAGGACAUCCAGAAGUUCUUAACUUUUGCCAAGGAGAGAGACGAUGCCGCAAAAGGGGUUAGCAGUGGCGCCCGAGUGAUCACAGACAAUGUGGAGUCUGUGGGUAUGGCAAACGGAUUCGAGGAAGAGGAACAGACCGAGGGGCUGGCCUACUUUAAGGGCAGGAAUCCGAACGCCAGGAGCGCGAACGGUGAGUACGAGAAUUACCUGAGGUCGAUCAUGGUUCAGUACGAGAAGGAUGAGAAGGAGAACCAGAAGAAGGGGAAGCAGCAGAAACAGCAGCAGAAGAAGCAACACAAGCAGCAACAGCGGCAACAGCAACGGACGCCCAGGAAGAGCGGUCAGAGAGGCGCCUCUGGCGAUGGUGCGUUUGCACUGGAUGACGAGGAUUUCAACCAUGCGAGUGGUAGUGCGCUCAAUAAUCUGAUCGGCGUUAGCCAUCUGUGCAACCACCAAGGAGAUGGCAGCAGCCGGGAUAAGAAGGGAGGAGCAGAUUACCUCGAAUUGAACGAAGACCGCAUUAACAACAACGGCGUCGUAGCAAACGACAAGGGCGAGAACAACCUAGGCCAGAAUCUCACGGCUGAAAUGUUUGAAAAGUAUCUGAACCUAUUUGGCAGGAAGCAGCAAAGCGCAACAGAAAGUAACAACCAUGAGGGGGAGAAUCAUAAUAAUGAUAGUAAUAGUAAUAACAGAGCAGGGACCUCUGCGACCGCGACAGAAGGGGAAGAAGGCCUAGACAACUCCAAGUACGUGGAGUAUCAGAGUCCAGGAAAAGAAACAAAUGAUUACAACACGAGGAAGAAGAAAAAAAAGAGAGACAUGGGCUACUCCUUUAUGAAUAACAAUGACUACUAUUACUACGACGAUGAUAACUUUAACGACCAGUUUAAUGAAAACUACGACGAUGAUAAAAUUAACGAUCACUUCAGUGAAAACUACAACAAUCUUAAUGACCAAUUCAAUGAAAACUAUGAGAACUUUAAGGAAGACGAGUAUGGGAAUAGCCACCAUAUGGUAGAUGAGAAGUUGGAUCCGAACUAUCUGAGUGGAUUUAAUUAUGGCCAUGGAGGAAACGGUACCACCGGGGCUGGUGCUGUGUACUCGAAGAAGAAGGCAAAAACAAAAGGAAGUAAAAAUAAUGAUACAAGUGCUCAAGAAGGGGGUGAUGGCAUGUUGGGAGUUCUAUCCGACAAUGAGUCAAAGAUGCCGGGGGGGGGAAAAGGAGGUGUGGUCAAUGGGGGUAAGAAGAACAACAACGCUGGGGGAGGUGGAUCCACUGGAGGAGACAUUGACAUCACUUUGAUAAAGCAGUCUCUCCCGAAAGGCAUUUAUUAUGACCACGCAAAGAAAUUAUACCGAGUGCAGUAUAUACUGAAUAACUCCAUUAAGACCAAGGGGUUCAGUGUGAAGAAAUUGGGGCUAGCACAAGCGAAGAUCGAGGCGGAGACUUUUCGGAACUACUGCCUGGAGUACGGCCUUCUGAAUUCGCGGAAGAGGAGAAUUAACUCGCCCUAUAACAACAAGAAGGAGGAGAAGAAUUUCAAAAUGAUAAAGGAUAACGAGGAGAUCCUGUCCAAUUUGCUCUCUUUGUACAACACGAAUAACGCGAAGCAGCCAAUGCAGUGA